UAACGAACUAUGUGAAUUCCCAACGACAGAAAAUACAUUGCUGUAAGAAUUCAUUACCUGGUAGGUGUUCAAUGCAGUGUACUUUUAAUGUACAAAGAGCGCAAUGUUGAUUCUAAUCCGGCCAAGAGGAAUAGUACAGCACACUUUGUUAAGAGACCAAUCCCCCAACCGAUUACCCUAAAAUAUUGCAUGGGCAAAGUAACCAGAUCAAUUGCACAGCUAAAGUGUUGCAGUACAGCUUUAAAUCGACGUUGGCUGGGUGUGUUUUCGGUGUGUGACCAUUAAGAAGCAACGACAUCUCAGCCCUUCAUCAGCUCACAUUCCUCACAUUCCACAUUUCUGAUGUCACGAGGCGCAGAUCUUUUUUUUCCAAACCCACAAACUGUGACCAUGUUAUUUAAUCGAAAAUAGUCUCGGUUGCAAGGGGACGACUAGGAAAAAGAAAGGAGGGAGAUUAAAAAAAAACAACUUGGCGAUCACAAAGGCUCUCGGACCGCUGGCAGCUGCUGAAGAGUUCAGAAUAACAAACAAGAAAGUGGGCAGAAAGAAAGUUUCACCAAACAAAAGUAGUUCUUGAGCGGAUGAGGUAGGGCUCUCCGUGUAACUUCAAACACUUCUGGUGAGCAGACGGACCCCGGUCCCGAGGUCCUUUAGACGAGUGGAUCCUUUAUCCAGAAAAGGAUUUUGUGCUAGUCUCUGCUUGUGGAAACUUUUUUUUCCCCCCUCCCCAAACAAGAAAGGAAGAAACACGUUGGAAAGUUUGAAGGGACGCGUGCAGUUUGUGGUUUUAAUGGACUGAUCAGACACAAUAAAGACAUGUAAACAGGAAGUCUGAAAUAUUUAAAUGUCACCAGGAAAGGGGUAGCUGUUUCCACCCUCAGCAGGAAAGGAGCUCUGAGACAACAGGCAAACUGUCUGAAGGAUUUCAUUCUGGGAGAGGCAGCUUUUGAGGCUAGUGAGCCAUGCCUUUCAGGCUGAAAUUGAGGAGGACCAGGCGGUACAAUGUUCUGAGCAAGAACUGCUUUGUGACACGCAUACAAUUGCUGGAUAGCAAUGUCAUUGAGUGCACGUUCUCCGUGGAGAGUACAGGACAAUAUUGCUUGGAGGCCGUGGCUCAACGGUUGGAGUUACGUGAGACACAUUAUUUUGGACUGUGGUUCCUCAGUAAGACCCAACAGGGACGAUGGGUGGAGCUAGAAAAAGCCCUAAAAAAACAACUCGACAAAUUUGCCAAUGAGCCUCUCCUCUUCUUUGGAGUGAUGUUCUACGUACCCAGUGUCUCAAGACUUCAGCAAGAAGUCACAAGGUAUCAGUAUUACCUGCAAGUAAAGAAAGAUGUGCUUGAUGGACGGCUUCCUUGUACAUUAGACCAAGGCAUCAGGCUAGCGGGUUUAGCUGUGCAAGCUGAUUUUGGAGAUUAUGGACAGUACGAGUCCCAGGAUUUCCUCAGGGAAUAUGUUUUGUUCCCAAUGGACUGGGCUCAAGAUGAACGGGUUCUGGAAGAAAUGACAUGCAAGGUAGCACUGCAACACCAGGCCUACAGUGGGAUGCUAGCUGCAGAGGCUGAGUUGCUAUACAUAAAGGAAGUGGAACAACUGGAAGGCUUUGGGCAAGAAAGCUUCCCUGCUAAGGAUAACCUUGGAAAUGACACUGUCAUUGGCAUUUCUUUUAUGGGAAUAUUUGUAAAGCACAGGAAUGGCCGGCCAACAAUAACUUACAGAUGGAAUGAAAUUGGAAAUAUUACGCACAACAGGUCUUCAAUUAAUGUGGAGCUAACAAACAAAGAAGAAACGGUUCCAUUUCACACAGAUGAUAUUGAAAUGGCAAAAUACAUCUCACGGUUGUUUACUGCAAGACACAAAUUUUAUAAACAGAAUAAAAUCUGCGCAGACUGUCAGCUGUCCAAAUUGAAAGACUGGUUAACUGUCGGGAUGGAAGGUUUUGGAUCACUUGGAAUUCUGACUAACACAGGAUUUCUGUUUGAGCCAUCUAUCACAAGUUGGACAUUGAAUGGAACUCCACUAAUGGCACCUUUCAUUUCCGUGGAAAUGCAGUGCAGAAUGCUAGAAAGAAAGCUGGAAGAAGAUAUGGUGUUUACAGAAUAUGAGCAGAUCCCAAAGAAGAUGGUAGAUGGUGUUUUCACCACAGCAACUCUUCCAGAAAAUGCAGAGCGGAAUCGUUUCAGGGAUGUUGUUCCAUAUGAGGAGAACAGGGUGGAACUUGUGCCAACCAAAGAAAACAAUACUGGCUAUGUCAAUGCCUCCCACAUCAAGGUUACAGUUGCUGGAGAGGACUGGCACUAUAUUGCCACACAGGGACCCCUGCCACAUACAUGCCAUGACUUCUGGCAAAUGGUUUGGGAGCAAGGAGUGAAUGUUAUUGUCAUGGUUACAGCGGAAGAAGAGGGAGGAAAACCAAAGACCCAUCGAUACUGGCCCAAACUGGGCUCGAAGCACAGUUCAGCAACUUAUGGGAAGUUUAAGGUGACAACCAAAUUCCGUACAGACUCUGGUUGCUAUGCAACUACAGGUUUAAAGGUCAAGCACCUUUUGUCUGGACAGGAAAGGACUGUGUGGCACUUGCAGUACACUGAUUGGCCAGACCAUGGCUGCCCAGAAGAUGUACAGGGUUUUUUGUCUUAUCUCGAAGAAAUUCAAUCUGUCCGUCGACAUACCAAUAGCAUGCUGGAUUCUACCAAGAGCUGCAACCCACCUGUAGUUGUGCAUUGCAGUGCAGGAGCUGGAAGAACAGGAGUGGUGAUUCUAACAGAAGUUAUGGUUGGUUGUUUGGAGCAUAAUGAGAAGCUGGAAGUGCCAGCAAUGCUGGGAUUUCUCCGACAACAGAGAAUGUUAAUGGUUCAGACAAUAGCCCAGUACAAGUUUGUCUACCAGGUCCUUAUUCAGUUCCUGAAGAACUCUCGGUUGAUUUAGAUGUGAAUUCACAAACGCUGUAUUUAAACAACCUUAAUAAUUAGCAGUGGAAAUGGAGCUAGCUUUCUUUCCCAGAAAAAGUGCAGCUCAGUACAUUAAGUUUCUGUCAAGUGAUACCUUGAUUUUCAGAACUGUGCCCUUUACUUGUUGAGCAUUUUGUUGAUGUUAAAGCUGCUUUUGAAUCCUUCCAUAGAAUUCUAUAGUACUGAGCAUAAUAGCAAGAAACAGGACAUUCUGCGUGCAUACUUAACAUGAGUGAAUGGUGGCAAUCUUUUGCAAUUGCUGUGCUUCUGAUUGCACAGUGAUAUUCCAGAAUGAUGUUUUCCAACUAAACAAAUGGAGCACUGUCCACCUUGUAGACUUGUCAAGAAGACGUACAAUCAAGAGCUAAAAGUAUGUUGGAAUUACUGCUGUAUUAACUUGAGCAAUAUUCCUUUAACAUUGCCUUGGUCUCAUUGUUAAAAGACCUAAAAGUAUCAGAGGGACUGGUCCAUUUCAUAGUAAUUUGAGGAUGACCUAUUGAGUUCACAAACCUUUAAUAGUGAUAUUAAUUUUUGCAUAAUUGACAAAAGCUGGUUUGCAUAGUUAUAUUUGCAAUUUUGAGCUGAUUAUGACUGUUAAAAAUAGAUGGUAAAAACACACAGAUGAUUUGCUAGAUUACUUUAUUUAGUAUGAAAACAACGGCAACACAAACUUUAACCUUUUUGAACAGCUGUUUGCCUUGACACUGUGUUUCUUGGCAUGAUUUCAAACAUUUUGGAUGCAGUUAUAGACCGCUCCUCAAGGGGGCAAUAUUUCCAGGAGUACAGGACAGAUUUAUAGCCACAGCAACAUCAGACCUUAUGUAUAAAUAGAAGUUAUAUGGAUGUCCCCAGUAUUCUGGUGGUUUCACUGGUGAUUAGUGACAGGAUUGAAAGAGAUACUCGUCCCAUAAAUAGCAGGCGAUUCUGAGGAGAGAGGUUGAGACAUAUGACUGUGGCACCGUCAACUCUGUGUUGACAUUUCACUUUGUUUAGUGUUAUUUAGCUAAUUUUAAGGAAGCCAGAAUCUUCCACAACACAAUAUGUCAGGAAUUCUCAGAGAGUUAAACAUUCAGCAGCUGCAGGUAAUUGGACAAAUGAGAUAUAUCUCUGGGAAAGGGAAAUGUUUCUGCAUCGGGAGUUAAUCAGAUGGGAUAUUUGUGGUUGAAUUAUUAUCUGGCUGUUUAAUCACCUGGGUCAGUCAUUCAGCAAAGACAGUGCAUGUUGCUAUCAGAGACAAGGGACGAAACUUUGUUACUGGUCCAAAAGAGUAGUAGAGUUUCACUAGCAUUUUUUAAUGAUUUAAUCAGCAAAUCUACUAUAUGUUAUAGAGUGGGGCAUUGAUUGGUAUAACAGUUUAACAUUGGAAAUAUUUAAAUAGUAUGACAUAGGUUUAUUCCUGUGGAACUCUAGUGAGUUACCAGUUUCAGUCUUGCCCAUUUUCCGGAAUGUUGGAUUGCUUUCUUGAAGGACAAAAGGAAAAUCAGUCAUUUGGAGGUAUAUUCACACACACACAAGCAGUACUACAAGAGGCCUGGCAGCAUGUUACUACUUGCCUGGUAAUUAAGGUCUGGUCAUAUUGCAAAAACAGGAAAACUUUCAAAAGAUCUUUGACCCUUAAUUUUUUUUUUAAAUCUAAAGUUUCAGUUGAAACUGCCAACUGAUGCCAGGUCCCCUAAUUGUAACUGCAGUAUUUUUAUUCUGUGACUAACACACCAGGCAUUGUGUUUAAUGAGUUUUGUUUUUAUUACUAAACUGAGUUGUCUUCUAAAGUUGGCUUCAAGCACUAGAAUUCAUGCUGAGUUGUGUGUUACACAGACUUUACUCAAGGAAUGAAGCUACUUGCAACUCUCCACAAACUACAGAAAAUGCUGAAAAGACUCAUCUGGUCAAGUAUCAGCCCUAGGCCUAAACAUUAGUCACUUCAUUAAUGGCUUUCCCUCUAACAUAAGGUUAAAAGUGCAAUGUUCGCUGAUGAUUAUGCAGUAUUCAAUACCACUUGUGAUUCCUCUGAUAGUGCAGCAGUCUGUGCAUUCAUGCAACAAGACCUAGUAGAGAACACUGAGCUGUACGUUGAUAGGUGGUAAGAAAAAUUCAUGGCACACAAGUGCCAGGCAAUGACCAUCUCCAACAAGAGAGAAUAAUACCAUCUCCCCUUAACAUUCAACAGCACCACUGAACACUUCAUCAUCAAAAGCCAUUGACCAGAAACUGAACUGGUCCAGCCACAUAAAUACUGUAGCUACAAGAGUAGCUCAGAGGCUGGGAUAUGCAGUACAUAAAACUUAUCUCUUGACUCCCCAGAGUCUGACAAUCAUCUACAAUGCCCAAGUCAGUAGUGUGAAGGAGUCCUCUCCACUUGCCUGGAUGAGUGAUGCUUCAACAUCUCUCAAGAAGCUCAACGUCACACAAGAUAAAGCAGACCUCUUGAUUGGCACCAUAUUAAACAACUUGAACAAUCACUGCCUCAACCAUUGAUACACGGUGGAAGCAGUGUGCACCAUCUGCAAGAUGCAUUGUAGUAACUUGCAAAGCCUCCUUCAACAGUACCUCCACACCCACAAUUUCUACCACUUAGAAGAAUAGGGACAACAAAUGCAUUGGAACACCAUUACCAGCAAGUUCCCCUCCAAGUGUCAGACCAUGCUGGCUUGGAAUUAUAUCACCACUCCUUUACUAUCAUUCAAUCACAAUCCUGUACCUUCUCCCUAAUAAGACAGUAGCUCUACCUACACCACAUGGACUCCAACGUUCAAGGUGACUUAGUGCCACCUUCUCAAAGUCAAUGCUCACAAAAGUAGGGUUCAUGUUUCAGUUCUGAGUUCUAAAAUAUUAACUCUUACAUGCUGCACAGAUACUGCCUGUCUUGAGUGUUUUCAGCAUUUUCUAAUUGUGUUUCAGUUUUUCAGGAUCUGCUCUAUUUCUUACUCUAAAAUUAAAUCAAAUUGACAGUGUAAGGAAGAGCAAUAUGUAUAUGAAAAAAAAAUUCAUCUCUAAUGUAAAAGAGAAACAAAAACCACUCCAUGUGGAGUAAUAGUGUUAUUUUAAUUUAUUUUAUAUAUUUGUUCAGUUAACUAAUUUAAGUUACCAAAUCUUUUUGAAAACUAUACUAAGAGCAUUAAACAGAAAUAACAUGAAAUAGUCAAUUUUAUUUCGGAAUCUUACUACUUUUUAUACAAAUAACUAGUACCAAAUAUAAGACAUCAAAAGGAUAUUUUCAUUGUUAUCCAUUUUUGAUUUGAAACAUUCUUUUUGCAACAACUACAUUUAUUUCUGCACUGCAGAGAAAAAGAUGUUUACGUAGCUGGAGGUUAAGUCUAUUUUGAAAUUGACCAUUGUCUUAACGUUCGUAAUAUGGUCGUUCCUAUAAAUAUUAAGACAAAUUAUUUUGAUCUCUGGGAAGUUUUUUUUAAUUGUAAGAGGAAAAUUAAUUUGAUUCAUUGUUUUUGUUGCAUUUCAAUAGAGAUUCUUAAAUAAACUAUCUGUUCAUGAACAACUAUGUAAAUUAUUUCUUUGCAAAUCAGUAAGCGUUUGAGUGAUUAAAAGAAAUAUACCGAAACAUCAAACAAUCCUCAUCAAUAGAUUCAUGGAAUAGAUUUAUUUUUUAUCUUGAUGGCAAAAUAUUGUGCCAGUUCUAAAAAGUUUAAUAAUAAAGAUAGCAGCAGUAGAGAAUGGGACUGACUAAAACAAGACAGACAGGCCAAAAUAGCUUUUCAUGUACUACUGUGUAAGCCUCUGUGACUAGAUAUUCAUGCCUUUCUGUAGAUAGAAUGGAUCACCCAACUUUGACAGCUAGAUAUUUGGCAGGGCAUUCUUUUAGCAUGAUGGUACAGUACACAAGUUAUUUAAUUUUCAAUAGGCAAACUGCAUUUUUUUUUUUAUUAUUAAUGGUAGGGAGAGAAGGCAAUCUUCCCAACAACUUUACAGAGGGGAUAGUGCUCCUUUAUUUGAUUGAUUGUUUCUAAUUGAUUAUUUUUACUCUAAGCUUGCUGUAGCUCAGUUGUGGAAAAAAAGGUUUAUAUGAACUGAUUCAUGAACUAGAACAUGUUACAGGUGCAAUCCAAGUUUAAAUAAAAAUAUUAACCAGCAUUUACACACAACCUUUAGUAAAAAGAAAUGAAUACUGUGGAUGGAAGGUAGCUUCAAAAUUAAUUUACAGAAAUUACUGAUGUGGAAAUACAAUUAGAAAACAAAUUUUAAAUAACUUCCCUUAAGAUGACAUAACCGAUGAGCAAAAGCCAGAGAAAGCCACCUGCAAACUUGUCAUCACCAGAUGAAAAAAUGAUCAAGUAUAGACAAUGUCAGAAAUUGUAUAAUUUUUAGAAUUGAGAGGAAAUAAUGUUUAAUAAAAACAUAUGGUCAUUGGCAAAAAAUUGAGAAGAUUGAAGAUUGGAAUGUAAAAGAAAAUAAUAGGAAAGAUGAAAACUCUGGGUGAAGGUGCUAUAAUCCCUUUAAUAAUAACUAGCAUUAAGUUUAAGCAAGAUUUGGGUUGGAUAUUAAACAAUUUGCAAGUCUGGAUUGUGCUAUUUCAGUUUUGGUCACAGUGCUGGGUAUUGGUAUGUAAACUAAAUAUAUGUGACAUGCAGGCUUGGAAAUCCCUUGCGUGCUGCUUCUUAGGAAAACACCUGAUUCCUAUGGGACAACUGUGAGUUAGCGCCACAAGAGGCAAAUUGCUGCUGCCUACUGCAUGCAUUUGAAAAUUCAGGGUUUACCUACCAUGGGGUGGAAUAGUCUGUCCAGCCCUGCUCCACUCUGCAAAUCGAGCCAUUUGUUUUCCAAUACCUCAUGUAAGAACAUGAUUGAAACAUUUCUCUAGUCUGUAUCCAUUGGGUGGUACUCACUUUCACCCAUUUGAAAACCUAUACCUUAAAUCACUAAAUGUAUUGAACUCUGCAACUAUUUGGGUUGUGACUGAGUUAGAAUCAUGCAGCAUUAGAAGUCCCUGCACAGAUUCAGUUCCCUGUUAAUUUGGCUUGUAGGAUUUCACUCCUUAACAAGGCAUUUGGAAAUUACUAAUGAAAGUGGAGUCUCACUGAAAUGAUGACAAGGGGUGGACAGAAACCCCAAGGAAUUUCAGGGUUGUAGCUCAGUAGAAUAUUUUAGAUUAACCCCUAAACCGUGCAUUGAUUAUCAGUAAUUGACAGGUGAAAAUAUGUUUUUCAGACCACUUCCUAGCAGCUAAAUUUCACAGAUAGUGCUGUAUGUUAGGAGGGAAAAGAAGUGAGGAGAAAUGGAAUAACUUUGAACGGUUUAGAUGCUCACAGUAUUCAGUGGGUCGGUGAGAAGUUCAAAAACCCUUGUGGGGAACCUUUUUUUUUUAAAAUUGUCUUAUCUAAGAUGGCUGGCUCACUGUGACUUUGCAAGCUCCUUCCACUGACUAAUACUGUUAACUGAUCUUAAUUUGUGUAUUUAUAUAAUUUAACAGGUUGGAUUAAAGUCCAGUCUGAGUUUUUAAUAUGCUAAUAUCCGUAUUGUGUCUCAGUAUUUUUUUGGCUUUUCAAUAUUGCUAAGGUAUGAAUUGUUGGAACACGUGCUGUUGAACAAUGUUCUAUAUUGAUUGCCAAAUCUGAAAUUGCAACACAUUUGUUGCGAUACCUAUCACAUGUUGUAUUUGAUGUUUGGAAAUGCUGAAUGGUUGGUGGUUGACCAAUUUUUAACAUUGUUCUGAUUCUCGACUUAAUAUGUUUUGAGCAGUAAUCAAGCGCCAAAACCUAUUUGUUUGUUGUUUUUUGUUAAAAAUGCUUUUGAAUGUACACAUUUUUUAUGCCUCUGUGAUGUGUCUUAGGACUGUUUUUAAUAUGUUAAAGGCGCUAUAUAAUUUUGAUAUAUAUGAAUAAAUGCAUUUAUCACUGUAGGUUUGAGGUGCAACCAGAAUCCUUUUCACUUUUUGGCUUAAACUUUGACCAGCUAUUCAGAUUCAAAGUUACAUGGGCCCAAUUGGAAACCAUGUACUGCACAGUUAACUGUGUAUUACUGCCAAAAUGUUAGGAUACUUACCACAAGAAGCUCUGGAAAUAUUUUUUUGUUUAAAACAGCAAGUUUUAAAUAAUAAGUCAUACAAGAUCAAUAUAAAAUCAUUAGUUUAUCUAAUGAAAAAUAAAGGUCAUGACAACAACUUUGCUAUAUUGCUAUAAAACAAGUACAAAAAAUUUGUACACUAUAUGGAAAAGUAGUAGGGAAACUUGCUAAAAUUUCUGUCUUUGUAUAACUAUAUCUCACCUUGUUUGUGUGCCAACUUUAAUGUACCAACUAACCCUUAUGUAAAAAUUGAAAGAGUUUGGUGCUGGAAUCCACCAGAAUGCUGAACUGUCCACCCUUACUUCAUUUAACUAUUGGCAGAAUGGACUGGAUUUAAUAAAUUUACUAAGUCCAUUGUCUAACCUUGUGUUACAUAUAUUCUGAAUUGAUAGUGAUGAAUUAAGGAAUAAACAUAUGUUGCUUAAAGAGAACAUUCCUGUCAUAUUCAUUAAUACAUAUGGACAUUUAUGUAAGCAGUGAAUGAAAGACAGCAAGACUUACAUUGAUAGUGUUAAGCAUGUUGGUCCCUAAGUUUAACAAGUAGGAUUGUGCCAUCAAUUGCCAAAUUCAACUGAUACACACCCAAUCUCACUCAUUAUUAAUGAAACCAGCACCAAGUUCAGAACUAGAGAUGCACAUUCACUUGGACAAAAAAUAAAAAUUGAAUGUGGUAUGCGUGAUAACUGACAAUAAUAGUAACUGAUUCCCUAUAUCUAUUGAAAGGAUAUCUUUGAACAUUUAAAGUUCAAAGGCACAUCAUGAACAACGAUUUUAAUUUUUCAUUAGUGAUCUCUUAUGACAACGUCCAUGUGGUUUCUUUAUAAAAAGAUUCUUACUAAUUUCCCAUGGCUUCCACAGAUUCCAACUGGACAGUUCAGUAUUUUAACCUCUGGCCAUAUUCAGUUAAUUUUUAGCAUCAAUGUGCCGAUACUAGAUUCAGUUGAAAUUGUUCCCUGCUGUAAACCACUGCUCUGCAUCUCAUUUGGAAAUAAGCCCCUAAAUUAGCACAAAAAGCCUAUAAAUGUGUUAUACUAACUCAGUGAAAAGGCAUCUGCCCUCAUAUAAUUUAUAUUCUCACCCUAUUGUGUUUCGAUGUCUGAAAACAUAACUUUGUGACAGGAAGUUUAAGUCCAUACCAUAUUUGAGUUGCAACAAAACAGUGGUUUUAACUACAAUGAGUGGAACUGUCUUAAUGUUCUGUUUAAACUAUCUUCUGCUUGAAAACUAACUGUGCAUGCUUAUUACAUCAGGUAUAUAUGUAUUCUGAUAAGUGUAUAAGCUUUUGUUCCCAGUUUCAGUAUAAAACUGUGAUACUACAUGACAGUAUUUUACAUUUGAUCUUGCUGCCUGUUGUUUUCUAUGGAUACUGAGACCAUUCAGCAUUGCUUCACAUGACUUGUCAAAACAAAAUUAUCUCUUGUUUCUUUCUAUGUCUUGUGUAAAUAAUUAUUUUGUAUAUGCUUUUUAGUGACAAAUUUUCCUUAUGAAUGUACCAAACAUUUUGUAAAAGAUUAUUGUCUAUCAUUCAUAUACACAAUAAAGCAUUUUUCCAAAAAUCCUACUGUUCGGUAUAAGGUGAUGUAGCAUUAGGAUGGUAACCUGAACAUAUACAGUUUUGACAGCUUCCAAUAUGCAUCCUAAAAUUUACAGACCAGAUGACAGCAGAACUAUAGCGCAAUAGAGCAAAAAUGAACAAAAAACAGUUGCUAAUGCAUUAUUAACACCAUCUGAAACUGCAUGAUCCCAUUGCAAGGUAAUAGAGGUUGUGUUUACAACUUGUGCAAUUAGACUUUACUCAACUUUCAUGGUCCAGGGCAAGUAUUUGCAGCUUUCAAAUGAAUGUAACCAACCUCAAGUUAGAUCAGAGAGAAUCCCACUUGAGGUAAUUUACUUAAUUGCAUGCAGUUUGGUUGUGUGGCAUUGUCUGCAAAGUUACACUGUAUACGUUUGCUCAAAUUAUUACUGCCGGUGGGAACACUGGGCACCAAGAAGGAGAAGGCUAUGCUGGAAUAAGGGCUUCAAUGCUGCUUCAUCAUUUUGUUUGAUCUUAAAUCUUUUGUUUGUUUAAUCAGUUGAUUCUGUAUACAUCAAACUGCAGUUUUGUUGAUUUAAAUUAUUCAGCUCCUUGGUUAGAAUACGACUACACUAUAGUACUAUUAGGACAAGUCAUUUAUUGUAAUGUGCCAACCUACAAAUUUCUUCACCGCUCAUCACCAUGAAGGUAGAUGUGUAAAAAGGUUUAUCUUGAUUCUUGCACUCUGACCUGUUUGGCAGAAUUGUUGCUUGCCUGCUCUACACAAACAAAAUUCAGGCACAAAAUGUAAAUUUAAGCAAAUGCAAAAACAAAAAAAAAAGCAAGCUUUAAUUCCAUUGCUAAACGUGAUGGGAACCAUUCUUUCCCUCUCUCCAAACAGGAACUGGGUUUCUGAUCUACACAUUCAAGGGGCAUCAUUCCUAGUCAGUGAUCUGCGCCAUGCUGUUAAGUUCUUCAGCCAACGUUACCGCAAUUACAGACUUAGCCAAGGAUCACUGCUGGCAAAGGGAUGUGGCCGAAGACGCAACUAGUACCAGCAGCUCAGUUUUCUGAUAAAGCCAGAGGAUCAAUUUCCAUUUAUCCUUGAGCCACUUGGUUCUGUUGUGUACUGAUGAGCCUAGACUAAGAUCUUCCCACAUCUGUGGGAAGACCACAAUCUUUAUUUAAAAUCCAGAUGUCCUUUCUUUCUCCUGUCAAGUUCACCGGAACCUACUUGAAGUUCUUGAGUCAGCUCUAAAGCUUGAUUUUCUAAUUUCAAUAGUCCAACGUAACAAUACACAUUUCCAAAGUUUUAGGUGGUAGAGGUUUAAAUAAUUGAUUAAUUGCAUCUACAGUGGAAAACAGGCCAGUUACCCUCAGCUGAUCCAUGCUAAUAUUAUGCUCCACAUUCUAAACAAUUAUUCAUUAGCAAGAAUUUUCUGCACACAGUUUCAUUAUCCAGACAAUCCUAUCAGAAUUGGACAGUGCAAAGUGAAUACUGUGUAAGAAAGUGGAUUUUUUUUCUGUUUAAAUUAACUAAUUGAUCUGCACUGGGAGCUGGUCAGAGAGAGAGAGACUCUAUCUAAAGUCUUUUUUUUUAAUCUUAUCAUAGAUCAUAGAACCCACUAAAGUGUGGAAACAGGCCCUUCGGCCCAGCAAGUCCACACUGACCCAUACAGCAUCCCACCCAGACCCAUUCCCCAUAAACCCACCUAAUCUACACAUCCCUGAACACUAUGGGCAAUUUAGCAUGGCCAAUCCACCUAACCUGCACAUCUUUGGAUUGUGGGAGGAAACCGGAGCACCCAGAGGAAACCCACGCAGACACGGGGAGAACGUGCAAACUCCACACAGACAGUAGCCAGA